UACACAAGUUAGCGUUCAGUGGCCAGACACUGAUUCUAUGAGAGAAGAAUUGGAUGAUUUACAGAUUUUUUUAAGCACGAGGUGGGCUAUUUUAUUGAACUUGCAUGUGGAGAUGUUCCGUGUGAACAAUGUAGAGGAUAUCCUUCAGGUUCUUAUUGUCUUUGCUGUUGAGUCAUUGGAACUGGAUUUUGCUCUUCUGUUCCCUGAGCGACACAUGCUUCUCCGAGUGUUGCCUGUUCUUGUUGUUAUGGCAACGUCAUCUGAGAAAGAGAGCGAGUCACUAUACAAGAGGGUGAAAAUCAAUAGACUGAUCAAUAUAUUUAAGGUAUCGUCUCCGCUGAAGGUCUAAAAUGCC